CUACGCCGCGGUUGGGAUCCGUUCGGACGCGGCCACGUUGUCUCGCGCGCUGAGCGCCGGGUCCUGUGGGCCGGGCCCGCGGCGCGCCCUUAGUGACACCCCUCAAGCGGCUACCGAGCUCAAGUGGGGCCUCAGGACCCCCGCGGUCGCUGUGCCCUGGGCUGCCGCGCCGGGUGCGGCCCACCCCCUCGAAGGUUCCAGCGCGCGGGUACUUCAGGGCUCUGGGCCCGCGAGGCGCCGCCCUCCGGCCGCCCGGCCCCGUCCCCGCCGCGACCCCGGAGGGCGCGCGGUCGAGUUGUGCUCGGCGCAGAGCCGGGCGCCGGGGGCCCAUGUCCGUGCUCCCCUGCGGGCCCGCGCCAUGGCCUCCGGGAGCGUGGCUGAGUGCCUCCAGCAGGAGACCACUUGCCCCGUGUGCCUGCAGUACUUUGUCGAGCCCAUGAUGCUCGACUGCGGCCACAACAUCUGUUGCGCCUGCUUGGCCCGCUGCUGGGGCGCGGCGGAGACCAACGUGUCGUGCCCGCAGUGCCGGGAGACCUUCCCGCAGCGCCACAUGCGGCCCAACCGGCACCUGGCCAACGUGACCCAGCUGGUGAAGCAGCUGCGUACCGAGCGGCCGUCGGGGCCCGGCGGCGAGAUGGGCGUGUGCGAGAAGCACCGCGAGCCGCUGAAGCUCUACUGCGAGGAGGACCAGAUGCCCAUUUGCGUGGUGUGCGACCGCUCCCGCGAGCACCGCGGCCACAGCGUGCUGCCGCUCGAGGAGGCGGUGGAGGGCUUCAAGGAGCAAAUCCAGAACCAGCUGGACCACCUAAAAAGAGUGAAAGACUUAAAGAAGAGGCGGCGGGCACAGGGGGAGCAGGCAAGAGCUGAACUCUUGAGCUUAACCCAGAUGGAAAGGGAGAAGAUUGUGUGGGAGUUUGAACAACUCUAUCACUCCUUGAAGGAGCACGAGUAUCGCCUUCUGGCCCGCCUUGAGGAACUGGAUUUGGCCAUCUACAACAGCAUCAAUGGUGCCAUCACCCAGUUUUCCUGCAACAUCACCCACCUCAGCAGUCUGAUUGCACAGCUAGAAGAGAAACAGCAACAACCCACCAGGGAGCUUCUGCAGGACAUCGGGGACACACUGAACAGGGCUGAAAGAAUCAGGAUCCCUGAGCCUUGGAUUACGCCUCCAGAUCUGCAAGAGAAAAUCCACAUUUUUGCCCAGAAGUGUCUGUUCUUAACUGAGAGUCUGAAGCAGUUUACAGAAAAAAUGCAGUCAGAUAUGGAGAAAAUCCAAGAGUUGAGAGAGGCUCAGUUAUACUCAGUGGAUGUGACUUUGGAUCCAGACACAGCCUACCCCAGCCUAAUACUCUCUGAUAAUCUACGGCAAGUUCGAUACAGUUACCUCCAGCAGGACCUACCAGACAACCCUGAGCGGUUCAAUCUGUUUCCUUGUGUCUUGGGCUCUCCAUGUUUCAUCGCUGGGAGACAUUAUUGGGAGGUAGAGGUGGGAGAUAAAGCCAAGUGGACCAUAGGUGUCUGUGAAGACUCAGUGUGCAGAAAAGGUGGAGUAACCUCAGCCCCCCAGAAUGGAUUCUGGGCAGUGUCCUUGUGGUAUGGGAAAGAAUAUUGGGCUCUCACCUCCCCGAUGACAGCCCUCCCUCUGCGGACACCUCUCCAGCGGGUAGGGAUUUUCUUGGACUAUGAUGCUGGUGAGGUCUCCUUCUACAAUGUGACAGAGAGAUGUCACACCUUUACUUUCUCUCAUGCUACUUUCUGUGGUCCUGUCCGGCCCUACUUCAGUUUAAGUUACUCGGGAGGGAAGAGUGCAGCUCCUCUGAUCAUCUGCCCCAUGAGUGGGAUCGAUGGGUUUUCAGGCCAUGUUGGGAAUAAUGGUCAUUCCAUGGAGACCUCCCCUUGAAGUGAACUCAGGCCAAAAGUGCUGUUGGCUCUAAUCCUACCCUAGGUAUAAGGCAUCUUGUUGCCUUGCCACUUUGUUCAUCACAACUGGAUAUCUCCACUUUUCAUGCUUCUGCAGUGGGAAUAUGAUAUCCAUGUUCUCUACCAUCCUGUCCCUUCCCACAGAAAUUGUGAAAUAUGAGAAGCCUCAAAAUUGCCCAGAAGUCAAAUUUAGUGUCCACCUCCAGUGGUCUACACUUUUUACAAAUUACUGGAGAGGAUAAAGAAAAUGGAUCAUCUUAGGGUCUAGAGAGCCAUUUAAGAUAUUUACAUCUGGUUCAGCUCCAUAUAUUGGUCAUGGGUUCUUGUCAUUUCUGGACUAAGGGUCCUUUCUAAGAUCCUAAGGUGAAACUAUAGGACCUGACAGCAUGGUUCCCGUUAUCCCAGUUUCUCUUUAUGGGACUAGUACCUCUCCUCUUGACUACCAAUCUGCCAUAGUUUUAUUAACUCCGUUAAAGAGGCUUAUGUGUUUUGAUUAGUUACAGUUAUUUUACAAUAAUGUGGGAAAUGACCCCACCUCUGUUACGAGAUAAUGCUCUAAUCAGUGUGCUCUUUGCCUCUGUGUCUUUCUGAGGACUCUGUCUGCUCCCUUCAUUCUAAUGAAAGGUGUAUCCAGGUGCUAGAUACACAUCACCCAGGGUUAUUUUCUGCCCAACAUCAUCUGUUGUCUUAGCUCCCCUUCCACUGACUUUUGUGGACUGAUGGUCAGUCAUAUGCCAUACCUGGAAGGAUUCUGGAGCAAUAUUCCAGGAAUUCAUUGACUUCUGCUCCCUUUUUCUCCAUCUCCUUUGCGGGGUGGGGAAAUUGACCUUUCUGAUGUGUGUACUGUGCAGGGGCAGUUCAUUGCCCUAGCCAUUCAAAUCAUAAAGCAUUCUGGUGUUAAGGCAGAUCACUUUGAACAAAUUCCCAUCACAGUUAUUAGUUCUACUUCUUUGGGUACAUGCCUCUCUGUUUGAAAAUAAAGUAAGUAUGGAUGUUGUUUA